AUGUUUGCUGCCCAUCGGAAAUGGCAAAAUUCAGACACCAGAUCAAAAAAAAGAGAGACAUUAAUAACAGAAAUGAUUGCCACAGACAAUCUGCCAUUCGCUUUUGUCUCAGGUGUUGGAUUCCAGAGGCUGGUGGCUGCACUGGAGCCCAGGUACAAAUUAAAAUCAGAGAAGCACUACCGCACCAAAAUGCUUGAAGGCAUAGUUGAAAAAGUGGAGAAAAAAAAAAUCAAAGCAGUAAUUUCAGAGGAGGCUGGCCCUUUUUUGUCCUUCACUACAGACUGUUGGUCUGGGGACACUGAGGCACUCAGGAGUCUCACAUGCCAUUUCAUUGACCCCAACUGGGACAGGAAGCAAGUCCUCCUAAAUGCGAAAACAAUGUCAGGCUCCCACACAGGGGAGUAUAUUGGUGACAUGUUCAUCAGUCUGCUGGAGUACUGGGACAUCAGCCAUGACAGGGUUGUACUUGUUCUCAAUGACAGUGGGGCAAACAUGGUAAAAGGUCUCAGACUGGGGGAAAUACCUGAUCUCAGCUGCAGCGCACACACCCUACAGCUUGUGGUGAAUGAUGGCAUCAACAGUCAGCGAGUAGUGCUGGACAUUAAUGCCAAAUUAAAGAACUUCGCCAAACAUUUCAACCACUCUGUUCUUGCAAAGCAGAAGCUUAACAAAAUUCUACAAGAACUUGGCCUACCAGAGCACAGUAUCCUCCAGUCUGAACCCACUCGCUGGAACUCCACGCUUCAUAUGAUGCAGAGAAUGGUGGAGCAGAAGAGAGCUCUGAACAUCUACGCUCGAGAGUAUGGGAAAAUUACCACUCUAUCCCCUGAUCAAUGGGACAUAGUUUCCAAUUUAAUUGAUACAUUGGAGCCUAUGGAGGAAGUCACCCUUGAGGUGAGCAAGUCAGAGGCUUCCAUCUCCUGCGUCAUUCCGAGCAUUGCUGUGCUGAAGAUGAUUCUUCAGACAGAGGGGCCAAACACAAUUGGGAUCAAAACUCUGCGAGACUCGAUGCUGCAAAGCUUACAGAGAAGAUUCCAAAAGAUGGAGGACCCACAAUGUCUAGUCCUCGCAACACUCCUGGACCCUCGCUAUAAGGGCCAUGUCUUUUCAGAGGGCACACUUCACAAAGCAAAAAGGUGGAUAAAGGAGGAGCAUGCUGUUGUGUCUGAACAGCUGAAGAUGACCACGAGUGCAGAAGAAAGACCACACUCGAAACAGAGAAGGGUGGAAGUUCAGGAAGUACCUGGUCCCUCCAGUGUCAUUGAUCAAAUGUAUGCCAACAUCUUGGGACCUCAUGGAUCUCUUACUCAGGAGAGUGAUGAAGACUGCCUUCUAUCUGACCAGCUGCAGCACUACCUCCGGGAGCCAGUGAUAAAUAGGCAGACUGUUCCCAGCGAGAGGGUGUUUAGUGAGAUUGGGAACAUUUAUGACAAGAAGAGGAGCAACAUCAAGGGCGAACAUGCCGAACAGUUGUGUUUCCUGCAUGACAACCUCCGUUUCUUGAACUGGCAGUAUUGA